CAAAUAAAACUGACGAAAUUUCACACAAUUCGCACAAAGUAAAAUAGAAAAUAUCCAAAAAGUUUUCCAACAUUCUCAGUAAAUUUAAAUUUAUUUGUCACUAACAAAAUGUCACGAGAGGAUGAUAUACGCAAUGCUGCUGCACGACGCCGAAACUUAUUAUUUCUCACGGAACGUUUUCUUGCUGAUUACGGUUUCCACCAGACCUCUGAGACUUUGAAAAACGAAGCGCGGCUGCCAGCCGACACAUAUGAACUUUGUGAUAACAUCGAUUUGGAUUCUAUUUAUUUGGAAUAUGCUAGUUAUUAUCAUUUAAAAUUUGGCAAGUAUCCAAAGAUUGUUCGAAAGCUCAAAUCAAAUGUGAAUACGGAGCUCGAUAUGAAGCGUAAACCCAAAUCGAAAUGUCGUUUGACGGCAGCAACAACAAAUGCAGCGCAAACCGAGAUGCCACCAGCUGAAUCUUUAACAAUCCCCGGAGAUUUAGAAUUGAUCGUAACGAAAGUGGAGAUGGUAAAAGCAGGAGUUGAAGGCGCAGAAGCUGGUGGCACUAUAAUUCCCGUCGCAGCUACGAAUGGUGAUGGGGAGAAUAAUCGUAAUGAAACGCUCACACGUCUGCAGGAGAUCGAACAUCUCACUAUCGCUGAUGGGUUGCUAAGCCAACAGGAUUGGCAGAACUUAGCCGACCUCGUGAAGACAACAAUAAUGCGCGAUGUGCUAAAACUCAGCUGGGCGGAUAUGUGCGGCAAUGCGAGUGCGGUGGAGAUUGUUAAGGAGGCGGUGGUAACACCACUCAAGUAUCCACAGCUAUUUGUAAAUGGCUUGCGCCCGUGGAAAUCUGUGCUAUUGCAUGGACCACCUGGUAGUGGCAAAACAAUGCUAGCAAAAAUACUCUACGCCGAAACGCGCCAACAGGUAACGUUCUUUAAUGUGACAAGCAGCGUGGUGGUGUCGAAGUGGCGUGGUGAGUCGGAGAAAAUAAUGCGAAUACUCUUCCACAUGGCAGUUAAGUAUUCGCCUUCAAUCAUAUUUUUCGAUGAGAUCGAAGGUUUGACUUCGAGCCGGGAUCGACCUAGCGAUCAUGAGUCCUCGAAGCGCUUUAAGAACGAACUUUUGCAAUUGUUGGAUGGCAUGGAACAACAAAUGGGUGGCGUUUUUGUACUAGCCAGUAGCAAUUUGCCUUGGGAUAUCGAUGAUGCUUUCCUGAGACGAUUUGAGAAAAAACUAUUGGUGCAGUUACCGAAUCCCGUGGAGCGUGCAAUACUCAUCGGCAAGCAACUACCCAUUUCACUGACAGUAUCAAAGGAGCAAAUGGAGUUAUUGGUGCGCAUCUCAGAGCACUUCACAGGCGAUGAUAUUCGCUUAGCAUGCAAGGAGAUAUCCAUGCAAAUGGUUAGACGUGUAACGCGUGCGGACAAGCAUACUACGAAAACAGAGCAAGAAGUACCAUUGCAGCAGGCAUUCGAGCAAAUUAAACCAUUGAGUGUGAAAUUGAUGAAACGUCAUCAAAUAUGGCAGGAAGAACAUAGUUCGUAGCGUAAUUUCAACUAUAGUUUCAUCAGAAGAAUAACAUAAUAAAGCUGUGUUUCUUCAAAUCUCAUCUGCAAAUCAAUGGCAAGUUAAUCGAGGUUGAACGUAAUUGGGAAGUCACUGGGAUCACGGCGUAAAGGAGUUUUGAUUUUUAUCUAUGCAUAAAUUUCUAGUUGCAACAAAUAUUGCAGAGUACCAUAGUAGAACGGCCACGAAUAAAAUAUUUG